AUGAAGAAGUUCUCGCGGAUGCCCAAGUCGGAGGGCGGCAGCGGCGGCGGAGCGGCGGGUGGCGGGGCCGGCGGGGCCGGGGGCGGCUCGGGCGCCUCGUCGGUGGGGGUCCGCGUGUUCGCGGUCGGCCGCUACCAGGUCACCCUGGAGGAGUCGCUGGCAGAAGGUGGAUUCUCCACAGUUUUCCUUGUGCGAACUCAUGGUGGAAUCCGAUGUGCAUUGAAGCGAAUGUUUGUGAAUAACGUGCCAGACCUCAACAUUUGUAAAAGGGAAAUUACAAUAAUGAAAGAGUUAUCUGGUCACAAAAAUAUCGUGGGUUAUUUGGACUGUGCUGUUAAUUCAAUCAGUGAUAAUGUAUGGGAAGUGCUUAUCUUAAUGGAAUAUUGUCGAGCUGGGCAGGUAGUUAAUCAGAUGAAUAAGAAGCUGCAGACGGGUUUUACGGAACCAGAAGUGUUACAGAUAUUCUGUGAUACCUGUGAGGCUGUUGCAAGGUUGCAUCAGUGUAAGACUCCGAUAAUCCAUCGGGAUCUAAAGGUAGAAAAUAUUUUGUUGAAUGACGGUGGAAACUAUGUGCUUUGUGACUUUGGCAGUGCCACUAAUAAAUUUCUUAAUCCUCAAAAAGAUGGAGUUAAUGUAGUAGAAGAAGAAAUUAAAAAGUAUACAACUCUGUCAUACAGAGCCCCUGAAAUGAUCAACCUUUAUGGAGGGAAACCCAUCACUACCAAGGCUGAUAUCUGGGCCCUGGGAUGUUUACUCUAUAAACUCUGUUUCUUCACUCUUCCUUUUGGUGAGAGUCAGGUUGCCAUCUGUGAUGGCAGCUUCACCAUCCCAGACAAUUCUCGCUACUCCCAUCACAUACAUUGCCUAAUAAGAUUCAUGCUUGAACCAGAUCCAGAACGUAGACCGGAUAUUUUUCAGGUGUCAUAUUUUGCAUUUAAAUUUGCCAAAAAGGAUUGUCCAGUCUCCAACAUCAAUAAUUCUCCUAUUCCUUCAGCUCUUCCUGAACCGAUGACUGCUAGUGAAGCCGCUGCUAGGAAAAGCCAAAUAAAAGCCAGAAUAACAGAUACCAUUGGACCAACAGAAACCUCAAUUGCACCUAGACAAAGACCAAAGGCCAACUCCGCUACUGCCACUCCCAGUGUGCUGACCAUUCAAAGUUCAGCAACACCUGUUAAAGUCCCAGUUCCUGGUGAAUUCGCUAACCACAGACCAAAAGGAGUACUGAGACCUGGAAAUGGCCCUGAGGUUUUACUGGGCCAGGCCCUGCCUCAGCAGCCGCCACAGCAGCCGCCACAGCAGCCGCCACAGCAGCACAGAGUCCUUCAGCAACUACAGCAGGGAGACUGGAGGUUACAGCAGCUGCAUCUACAGCCACGCGCGUCGCACCAGCAGCCACAGCACCAUCAGUUACUUCAGGAUGCUUAUAUACAGCAGUAUCAGCAUGCAAUGCAGCAGCAGCAGCAGAUACUUCAACAACAGUUUUUAAUGCCUUCAGCCUCUCAGCCGCCGCCUUCUGCACCACAGUAUCCUGCAAUGGUGCAGCAGUAUCAGCAGGCUUUCUUGCAGCAGCAGAUGCUGGCUCAGCACCAGCAGUCUCAGCAACAGGCGUCCCCUGAGUAUCUCACCUCCCCUCAAGAGUUCUCACCAGCCUUAGUUACCUACCCUUCCUCACAUCCAGCUCAGCUUGCAACCACAAUGGACUCCUCUUAUAGUGCCAGUAGGUCAGUUGCUGAUAAAGAGGCAGUCACAAAUUUUACAAAUCAGAAGAACGUCAGUAACCCACUGGAUAUGUCAGGGUGGAAUCCUUUUGGAGAGGAUAAUUUCUCCAAGUUAACGGAAGAAGAACUAUUGGACAGAGAAUUUGACCUUCUGAGAUCAAACAGGCUCGAGGAGAGAGCAUCCUCAGAUAAGAAUGUAGACCCACUGUCUGCUCCACAUAACCAUCCUCCAGAAGAUCCUUUUGGUUCUGUUCCUUUCAUUUCUCAUUCAGGUUCUCCCGAAAAGAGAGUUGAAUAUUCAUCCAUGAAUCUAGCACAUAGCACUGCAAACCCCAUCAGGAAUGGAAAAGCAAGUCUGGUAUGUAAAGAUCAGCGGACCGGAAAGAAAAGCUCAGAGAAUUCAUCAUUACAGGGUCAAGUGCAAAAGGGGAAUGAUGAAUCUGAAAGUGAUUUUGAAUCAGAUCCCCCUUCUCCUAAGAGCAGCGAAGAGGAAGAACAAGAGGAUGAAGAAGUUCAGGGAGAGCAAGGGGAUUUUAAUGAUGAUGAUACUGAACCAGAAAACCUGGGCCAUAGGCCUCUGCUUAUGGAUUCUGAGGAUGAGGAAGAAGAGGAGAAACAUAGCUCUGAUUCUGAUUAUGAGCAGACUAAGGCAAAGUACAGUGGGGAGAGCCUUGUCUGCAAAGACAAACCUGGUGGUGGACCAACUCAAGGCCUGGCCACGGCACUCCUCACCCCCACCCAGCUACCCUCUAGGUUUGGGUUGGAGACUCCCAAACAGGAGUUUGACGUAUUUGGCGCUGUCCCCUUCUUUGCAGUGCAUGCUCAACCGCCCCAGCCAGGAGACAACGCAAAGAACCUGUGUCAACAGAGGUCUCCUACUGUGGGACUAGAGCAGGAGGAAUUUGAUGUGUUCACGAAGGCGCCCUUCAGCAAGAAGGUGAAUGUGCAGGACCGCCACGUGCCGGCGCCCCAGGCCCACACUCCCCCUGGUUGUCCCAAAAGCGUAGAUAUCUUUGGCUCCACUCCAUUUCAGCCCUUUCCCACAUCAACAAGUAAAAGUGAAAGCACCGAGGACCUUUUUGGCCUUGUGCCCUUUGAGGAAGUAACUGGGAGCCAGCAGCAAAGAGUCAAACAGCGCAGCUUACAGAAACUGUCCUCUCGCCAAAGGCGCACGAAGCAGGAUAUGUCCAAGAGUAACGGGAAGCGGCACCAUGGCACGCCGACCAGCACUAAGAAGACCCUGAAGCCCACCUACCGCACUCCAGAGAGGGCUCGCAGGCACAAGAAAGUGGGCCGCCGAGACUCUCAGAGCAGCAAUGAAUUUCUAACCAUCUCGGACUCCAAGGAGAACAUUAGCGUGGCCCUGCCUGAUGGGAAGGAGAGGGGGAAUGUCUUACAGCCCGAGGAGAGUCUGUUGGACCCCUUUGGAGCCAAGCCCUUCCAUCCUCCAGACCUGCCCUGGCACCCGUCCCAUCAGGGCCUCAGCGACAUCUGUGCCGACCACAACACCAUCCUGCCCGGGCGGCCACGACAGAAUUCACUACAUGGGUCAUUCCACAGUGCGGAGGCAUUGAAAAUGGAUGACUUUGGUGCGGUGCCCUUUACAGAACUCGUGGUGCAAAGCAUCAGUCCACAUCAGUCCCAGCAGUCCCAGCCAGUUGAAUUAGACCCAUUCGGUGCUGCUCCAUUUCCUUCUAAACAGUAGAUAACUUCUCACGGACUCUCGGCAUUAACUCCUGUUUCAAAAAAGUAGGACUAAUUUUAUGAACUUGAAAGAAAAUUUAUUUGUAUAGCUCUUUAUAUCAUUCAUUCUUACAGGUCAAUCAAAGUAGGUGAUUUUUAAAUAAACCAAAUAGAAAAAGGAAGUAUCUCUACAGGGUAGUAACUUGAUGCUUCUUCCAGGCAGGAGAAAAGGGAGCUGCGCUGCAAGCUCUAAACAAGGGUUUCUGCUACUGACAGCACAGCACAGAAAUGCGGCUGUGGCAAGGUACUUCCGGUGAAAGCACAUGGCACCUUUUCGGGGUGCAGAGCCACUGAGAAGGGACAAACUGUAUCGUUAUUUUUGAUAUCAGAAUGUCACUUUUGCGUGCACAUCCCAGGCUCACUCCAGAUCCAGCAUUUAAAACUAGGGUGGUUUGUACAUAGGUUAUGUUUGUGAAAUUUUUAAAGGUCUCUUCUAGAAAUUUCCAGACAGUGAAAGCUCAUCUAGUUCUCUUAAAGCAGCAGAACACUAUCUGGACAGUGCGGAGAUUUCAGCCCAUACUCCUUUCUCUAUAAAGCAGAGCCAGAAGUAACUGACUAUUGUGCCUAAAAUUCUGUUGCAUUUUGAAAAACAAGUGCCAUUAAUGUGGAAUACCUAAUGAUAAGUAUGUGAAAUAAUCCAUACGUUAAUUAGCUCAAUUUAGCCCUUCUAUGAUGUAUACAUAUUUCAAAACAUGUACAUGCUAAAUAUAUACAAUUUUUGUUUGUCAAUUAAAAAAUAAGUUAGAAUAUGGAAUAUAUAUGCUGAAGCCUAGAACAAACACAUAGGAGAGAUUUGUAAAAUGUCAAAAAAAUGAUACAGAAGAAAAAAUGAUUCAGUACUUCAGGAACACUUUAUCCUCUGUUUUGGAAUGGCUUCUUGCUCUAGCCUUUUAUUAUCAUGUCUUUAAUAAAACAGAUUAUUGGAAAAAUUGGUAGUAAGGACAAGGCUUUUAGAAAUUUUACUUCAGGAAAGAGGUAUGUAUCUGGAAACACUAAACUUUUAGGACAUUUACAGUGUAAAAUCAUGUUGCAUUUAUUAAUAUACUUUGUGAAUUUACCACCUUCACCAAAUACUUCCCAAGUCAGGAGCAACACUCAUUUUGGUUAGGUUUGGAGGGCGGAGUGGUCUUAAUGAAGUGCACAGAACUGUGACGCCCACAAUGCCUUACAGGCAGGACCCCCACGUCCUGCGCGCACCUCCACACGAAGCCACCUGAGCGCACAGUGGCUACACGGUGGUCAGUGAUGAGGGACUAGCAUCUUACCUCUGCCAACUGAUUGUGUUUUUAGGGAAAAGGGCCCAGCUACCAAAUUGCCUUUUCUUUUUUAACACCACAAAUCUUAAUUUUAAACUUGGUGUUUUUUAGAAAUUGUGUUGAUAGAAAUAACAUCUGUGGAUUAAUGUGAAUAUAGUAUUGUGCUUCCUGUUUCUCUAUUUUAAGUUAUAAUUAACUGUCCUUCCCUGCCAGGUUAACAUUUGAAAGUUUCCAGAACUGUUAAAGCUGUUUACCAAGAGGGGUGGAAACUCAUCACCUGGCACUCUCCUUGAUUGCUAUAUUUUAACUCUCUUUGAGCCCAACUCAAGUGUAAUGAGUAAUCUGGUUAGACUUAGUUCUAGUACUCCAUUAGGAUAAUCUGUUUGUCUGUUUUCAUGGUUCUGAACUUAAAUCAAAACAUGGGUAACUAAACCACAUACUCAUUUUUUGUUUUUUUUUUUUUCUUCUUUUAUAUGUUAAAUCAGUAGAGAUUUCUAGACAGUUGGGAAGCAGUAUGUGAAUCACAAUGUAGCAGAGGCAGACCAAGCAUUACAUUACUACUUAAGAGUUAUCCUUUUAGAGCUGGACUGCACCAGUUACUUGUCCUUGUGCCAAAGGCAGAUAUUAUGUUUGCACCUUUUUUUCUAAUUCUCAGGUUGAUUAAUACUGCUAAUGCAAAUGCUCAAGUAGAUGUCUUUAAAACUUGAUAAAAUAAGAUUCAAGUGAUACUUUCUUUUAAAAGUGGUGAGUUGAUGAUUACACAAUAAAUUCAUGAACUACA